AUUUUGGGUUUAGACUUUAAGGUUUAGUGUUAUAAAUUCGGCUCGAUUAGUUAACAUGAAGAUAUACAACGGCAAGAACAGUACUAGGAAAUCGGGAUAUAAGUGUAAACUUGUUGUAAUCAAGAUUCUUAUUAAAACAAUGCAACAUUGCAUGUUACAUAGAUGGCGAUACAUAGAAGUCAAGUUUGGAGAUGCGCCUAAAGAUGUAAAGGAAGGACAAUUUGCAGUUAUUGCCGUCAAGUGCGAGAAGCCAAAGAGGUUUGUGGUUGAGUUAGGAUGCUUAACUAACCCUGUUUUCUUGAGGUUGCUAAAGAUAGCUGGAGAAGAAUAUGGGUUCAAUCAUGAAGGUGCUAUUUCAAUCCCUUGUGAACCUGAUGAGUUGUAGAUGGUUUUACAUGAAAUGAAAGAGAAGUAGCUUGAUAACUUUGAGAU